CAUUUUUUGUCAAUAAAGUGUAUUUCAACAUUUUUUUUUUGUUUCAUUUUUAUCAUUUUUACAAGGGAAUGUUCUGUAUGCUCAGUUGUUGAAACACAACCCUCAGUUUUCGCGCACUCAGCAUGGAGAAAAACAAAGUUGGUCAGUCAGCACCAUGGACAGAGCUCUUAAAAAGAUAUAAAGUGAACAGCGUGAAUUCACGAAACAUGUACAAUUCAUAGAACCCAAACAAAAAUUUUACAGGAAACUGAGGGUAAAAGAGGCAAAUACUUGCUGUUGUUUUUUUUUUUUUUUAGAAAUGGUCAUUUUGGCCAAACAUUUUGACACAUUUCCAUAAGAGUAACAAAAAAGUGCUUUAUGCAAACAGACGGGAAUCCGUGACUUUUCCUGGCUGCUUAAACGAGCCCCGUCUCCACUGUUCAGCAUUCAGCCGUCAAUGCUUCACGUCAGUCACCUCUAACGAGAUUGUUCCGUCGGACGGAUCUGCCCGCAUCACUCGGUCGGUGAAAUACAAUUAUCGAUUCCACUGCCCCUCUCUGGCUCGCGCGCAGCCGUCUCCUGCGUGCACCCUCUUGUCUCUUAAAGGGCUGCAACCGGAGAGGACGACGUCGAGAAAAAGAAAAAGGAAAGAAAGAGAAGAAGAAGAAGAAGAAGAAGAAGGAAAAACCGAGUCGUGCUCUGCCAGUUGCCUCUGGUGUUGAUCUACAUCCUAAAGCCCGGAUAUAUUGUCUCUAUUUUGCGCUGAAGAAAGGGUUUUCUGGUGUCAUGGCUAAGUUUCAGCUGUCAGCCCUCAAUGCCUCAAAUUAUGCCAUUAUGAGUUAUCCGGUGUGGUGACUCCAGAACAAAGUUUCUCGUAAUAUCAACGGCCUCCGAUCAAACUAUUUCUACUGAGCUCCAAAUAUUUGCCUUGAUCCUCUACCAAUUAACUUGGUGAGUCACUCCAAAGACCUGCCUUGAGAACAAGAAUGGAGGACACUUACAACCACAGGACUUCCCUGGUUAAAGGAGCCAAAGGCGUGGUCAAGGAGGCCAAGCGGCACGCCCAAAAAAAAGUCGGCAAAGUCGUGGACCGUGCCACAGAUGAGUACUCAUCUCAUCAAAACUACAAACGUUUCCAGGAUGAUGAAGAUGACGAUGAGGAUAUCUACCGGAGUUCACAAGCGCAAGAUGGGCAAAGCUACAACGAAAACGAGGGCGGUUCUAGUGAUGCUACUGAGGGUCACGAUGACGAGGAUGAGAUCUAUGAGGGUGAAUACCAGGGUAUUCCAUCAGCAGGAGACACGAAGCAAAAGAAGAGCCAGGUGGCACUGGGGCAACCAGUGUCAGACGCCACAAGGGAUCGUAGUGAUCUGGAGCAGGAGCGACAGGCAGAUGAGGAGGAGCUGGCCCAGCAGUAUGAGCUGAUCAUCCAGGAGUGUGGGCAUGGGAGGUUCCAGUGGCAGCUGUUCCUGGUGCUCGGGUUGGCACUCAUGUCAGACGGUGUCGAAGUGUUUGUGGUGGGAUUUGUGCUACCCAGCGCUGAGACAGACAUGUGUGUGCCCAACUCUAGCUCAGGAUGGCUAGGUAGCAUUGUUUACCUAGGAAUGAUGAUUGGAGCGUUCUUCUGGGGAGGGAUGUCCGACAAACUGGGACGCAGGCAGUGCCUCCUUGUUUGCAUGUCCACCAAUGGCUUUUUUGCCUUCCUGUCAUCUUUCGUCCAGGGAUACGGCUUAUUCCUCUUCUGCCGCCUCAUUGCAGGUUUUGGGAUCGGAGGUGCUGUACCCAUAGUUUUUUCUUUCUUUGCUGAGGUGUUGUCCCGGGAAAAAAGAGGAGAGCACCUCAGCUGGCUGUGCAUGUUCUGGAUGAUAGGGGAGAUCUAUGCAUCGGCAAUGGCCUGGGCCAUUAUCCCGCACUAUGGUUGGAGCUUCAGCAUGGGUUCAGCGUAUCAGUUUCACAGCUGGAGGGUGUUUGUGGUUGUGUGUGCCUUGCCUUGCGUUGGAGCCGUGGUCGCCCUUACCUUCAUGCCAGAAAGUCCCAGAUUCUACCUGGAGGUUGGGAAACACGAUGAAGCCUGGAUGAUCCUCAAACAGAUCCAUGACACCAACAUGAGAGCGCGUGGGCAGCCGGAGAAAGUCUUCUCUGUAAACAGGAUCAAAACUCCAAGACAGCUGGAUGAGCUGGUGGAAAUGAAUUCUGAAUCUGGAAAUCCAGUUUCCAAGCUUUGCUUCAGGUUAAAGACUGAGAUCCAGGGGAUCUAUCUAAACCUUAAGAAAUGUUUUAACUACCCCAUGCAAGAAAACAUGAUGCGGCUGGCCGUAGUGUGGUUCACGCUUUCAUUUGGAUAUUACGGUCUGUCCGUCUGGUUUCCGGAUGUCAUCAAACACCUGCAGGCCGAUGAAUAUGCAUCCAAAGUGAUGAUCCACAACAAUGAACGCAUUGAGAGCUUUACCUUCAACUUCACGCUGGAGAACCAGAUCCAUAAAAACAGCCUCUUCAUUAAUGACCAAUUCAUCAAUAUGAAGCUGAAGUCGGUCACUUUUGUUGACUCCACCUUUCGUAACUGCUACUUUGAUGACGUGACGUCAGUGGGCUCCUAUUUCCGUAACUGUACGUUCAUUGAUGCAUAUUUCUACAACACAGAUAUUGAUGAUUCUAAGUUGAUCGAUGGCACAGAGGUGAUCAACAGCACUUUCACUCACAACAAGAUAGGAUGUCAAAUGACAUUUGAUGACGACUACAGUGCCUACUGGGUUUAUUUCAUCAAUUUCCUGGGGACACUGGCUGUUCUGCCCGGCAACAUCGUGUCUGCCCUUCUCAUGGACAAAAUUGGACGCCUGUCCAUGUUGGGUGGUUCCAUGAUCCUUUCGGGCAUCAGCUGUUUCUUCUUGUGGUUUGGCACCAGCGAGUCCAUGAUGAUUUUCAUGCUAUGCCUUUACAAUGGCCUGAGCAUCUCAGCCUGGAACUCCCUGGAUGUGGUCACUACAGAGUCCUUCCCUACUGUCAGGAGGGGAACAGGUUUUGGGUUCUGCAAUGCACUUUGCAAGCUGGCUGCUGUAUUGGGGAACCUGAUUUUUGGCUCUCUUGUUGGCAUCACCAAAGCUAUCCCUAUCCUCAUGGCUUCGUCAGUGCUCGUUGGUGGUGGCCUGGUUGCACUUCGACUGCCUGACACCCGGGCAAAUGUCCUCAUGUAACACAGCUGUUCUUUUUGUAAACAGAAGGUUCUGGAUAAGCUUUGGAACAUGUUCUGCAAGCGGCUCGGUUCAUUCAAAUCUUCUCACUAAAAAUCCCAUUUGGAUGGAGCUAUACAGAUUGUAGCCUAGUCAAGCUACUGAAAGCUCAGCUUACAAGCUGGAAGAAAAGAAUUUGUUUAGAUCUUGAUGCUCAAACUUUGAUUGGAGUUUUCUUUAAAUGAUUUCCAUCAUAACCUUGCGCUGAGACCCCGCAGUUCUUGAGGCCUAAAGCUUUUUAAUAUUGAUACAGUCUUAUUAAGACAGGCCAGAUGGAGAGAAAAGGGAAAAACAAGCUGUAAUGAGCACAACCAGCCUGCUGUGUGACAACGCAGGGAAUAGAUGAUCAGACGGAGCAGACUCAUUGACAGCUGGCUUACCAACAGGGCCCAUAUGCAGAAUACAGGACAUGUUUGCUAAAGGUUAUCCAAACAAAACAGCUGCCAUACAUUGACAUGUAUCCCUACCAGUGUCACCUUUGGAUCAUCUAUACAUGCUGCUGUUUCUGAGAGAAGACACUUACUUUACAAGCUUUUAGUCUAGAUUUAAAACAGCAUUACCCACACAACCAUGAGUCAAAGGCUAAAUAUAAAAAAUAAAAGUACUUCCCUGUAAAAGUAGUAUGCAAUAUGAUAUCUGGGGAUGCUCCCUUCAUUUCCUCUUGUGUUAUUGUGGACGUCUGUGGUGAACCAUGUUGUCCCCAUAUCUGUCAACCUUCCAGCAUUUGUUGUAUCAUUGGACAAAUGUCCUGUGCUGAACUGCCCCUCUCUGGCUUAGCCUUGUAUUGGAUCCUGCUUUUGGUCACUCCUGCUUCCCUUUGAUAAUACUGAACAGCCUUUUUUUAAUGUGCCUCUCCUUGACUGGAGCAGUCUGAUGUUGGUUGUGUGCUGUACAAACAGGAUUUAAACAGGGACUAGAUAGACAGAAAUAUUUUUACCAGAUUCAUUUUUAUUGUCUACAUGAUGUGUUUUAAAUACUUUACUUCUAUUGGUUUGAUUUGGUUUAGCUCGUGCUGGUUUGCGGCACCUUCCGUCUGUGAAACCCAGGUUCGAAUCGGGGCUGCUCCCUGUUCCCUUCUCUACUUCUGUGCCGGUCCCAAGCCUGGUUGCUUUGAGAAGGUUGCGUCAGGAAGGGCAUCCGGCGUAAAACAUUGCCAAGUUUGCCAUGCGACUUGUUCGCUGUGGCAACCCCUGAUGGGAAAAAGCCGAAAGAAAAACAACAACUUCUAUUGGUUUGAUUUAUUGCAACCAUAUUUGAAAGGCAAAUGUAUAGCCAAAAUAAUCAACUUUAAUUGUUGUUCAAAGAUUUGUUUUUUUCCCCUUUACUUCAGAGUAAAAAUUGUUAUUCUUUGAGAGCAACAAUUUUCUAAAGAGCCAAAUUCUUUAUCAUUUGAAAUUUGUGCGUGACCGUAUUUUCACUGUACGUUGUUUUUUUCCAAUUUUUAUUUUAUUUUAGUAUUUCUGCUGUUAUUGUAGCAAUAGUUUGGCGCUGGUCUGCAGCUGGCUCACUCACAGCUAAUCCAAAAGAGUAAAGGAAACUUAUCUUUGUAACUUUGGCAUGAAAACACAUUGUGAAGCUUAGUGCAGCUAAAUAGAUAACUCUUUAUUUUGGACCUUAUAAUUGUGAAAAAAAGAGUGCCAAUGCUAUAAAAAGAUUUAUUCCAUGCCCUGCUCACAAGAGAAAACCUGAAUAGAUUUCAAGUUCAAGGAAAUUAUUUAAGAGAAAAACUCUUAACUACUCAUGUGCUUUUGACAUCUUUUGUGUAAAUCUUUAUUUAUAUACAUAUAGUAUAUAGUAAGAAGAAAAGUGCAUCUGUGUGUGUUAAAGGCAAUGAAAGAGUAUUUUUUGUGGGGCCUCCAUAUGGAUGCAUGAAUGUAAAUAUAAUGUACAUAUCAAAGCCAAUAUCAGUAACACUCUGAGUUAAAUGUGUAAACUUUAUGACUGACUCGUAUGUCAUUUGCUUUGUCUGAGCGAUAACUCCAUGUACUGUAACUGUUUUACAACUCAAUGUGUUCUUUGCACUCACCUGUUUUUGUGUGUGCAUUUGCCAACUUGCAUGUGGGUAACGAAGCCUUCAUUUUUUUGUGCUUGAUUUUACGUUCAUACUACUUAUCGUCCUAAAAAAAAAAUAUGGCAAUAGUGGAUUUUAUGGUGAAGAAAAAAUGUGAAUGUAUCAUUCUUGUACUUUCUGUUUCUUUAUAUUUUGGAGGUAGUCCAAUGUAAGUUAAUAGUAAACUUGUGAAUAUCAUUGUGAACGGCUUGCCAGCUGGAUGACAACUGAGUGAUGUGGUCAAAAAGGAUCCAUGAGUGUGAAAAUCUGUGAAAAAAAUUGCCAAACAACACCCUGUGAAUGAUGUUAAACACUGGAAAGACAGGGGUCGCAGGCUGUGCUGCUUUUGAACAUAAACAAUAAAAAAAGAACAUAUUCUAAAUUUGUUUUCACCUGCUUUAAUAUCCAUCCAUACUCAAAGCCACUUGAAUCCUUAUGGGAUCACGGUUCCUGGAGCGGACCUAGCUAUUGGGCGAAGGCGGAGUCCAUCUGUCACAGGGCCAAUGUUUUAAUACGUCAAACUUUUCCUUUUACUUAAGUCGACUUGAUGCUGUUUAGCAAAUGUUUAUUUCUCAAUAAUUUGAAAUGACUCGGCCAAA